UUUCUUGUAUAUUCCAUGUGUUGUUUGGCAUGCUUCAACUUCUCUUUGCAUUUUUUGCUAUUUGUAGCAUCUGGUCUUAAGUUAUUAGGAAUUUUCAGUUUUGCUUUAAUUUCUCCAAUCCUCUUUUAGUUACUGAUUAAGGGGCCAUCACUUGGUGUAAUUGUAAAAGCUUGGGCUGCCAGCAUUAAGACGCAGGCUUGAGUGUGAGGGUGGCCACUUCGUGCAAAAAAAUGCCAAUGGUCAGGACUGACUCCAGUCAAUCCCUCCUCGGACCCUGCGAAAGGAGGACUUGCACCAGGUUGUCAACUCUUGGUGGUGCUGGCAUCAUACCUGAGCGAUGAGCGCAGUCAAUAUAACAAAUGUCACUGUUUUAGACAAUCCUGCAGCAUUUCUCAAACCUUUCCAGUUCGAGAUUUCUUAUGAAUGCUUGAUUCCCCUCAAGGAUGAUUUGGAAUGGAAGCUUAUUUAUGUGGGGUCAGCUGAGGAUGAGACCUAUGACCAACUCCUAGAAAGUGUUUUUGUUGGGCCUGUUAAUAUUGGCAACUACCGGUUUGUCUUUCAGGUAGACCCUCCUGACCCUUCGAAGAUCAGGGAGGAGGAUAUAAUUGGUGUAACAGUACUGUUGCUGACUUGUUCUUAUGUGGGACAGGAGUUUAUCAGAGUAGGUUACUAUGUGAAUAAUGACUAUGAUGAUGAACAGCUUAGGGAGGAACCACCCCCUAGGGUGUUAAUUGAUCGGGUUCAGAGAAACAUUUUGGCUGACAAACCCCGGGUUACCAAGUUCCCCAUUAACUUCCAUCCAGAAACCAAUGAGAGCAGUGAACAACCACCACCGCCUUUACCUGAACGUAUUGAUGAUGAACCAGACCCUGAGUUUCCCACAACAUGAAGCUUGUACAGAAAUUUGACUCUUUUCUUUUAAUGUCAUAUACUGAAAAAACAAAGGAAA